AUGGAUCCAGAAGACCCUUCGUUCACAGAAGACUUUGAGAGUGUUUACACUGGUCGAAAUGCUAUUCUUUUUGUGGUAGAGGUUUCUCCUAGUAUGCUAGAGCCAGUGGAUGAAUUUACUCCUUGCUCGCUGCAAAUGGCUCUAAUUUGUGCAUAUCAAUUGGCAGCACAGAGGGUGAUUACAAAUCCAAACGAUGUAAUGGGAGUUUUAUUAUAUGGGACUGAAUCCUCUACUGGCAGGUUUGAAAAUCAGCAAAUUCUUUUGGAUUUAGAUCCACCUGAUGCUGAACGUCUCAAAAGCUUACAGACUUACGAAAAAGAUUUCGACUCGUACAAAAAAAAUUUUAAGCCUUGUUCUUCCCAAGUCUCUUUGUCCAACGUUCUUUACCAUGCCAGUGUUCUUUUCACUACCAACGCUCAAAAAUACGAAAAGCGUCUGUUCCUAAUUACCGAUAACGAUCACCCUGCUUGGAACGAAAUGGAAAAAGGAAUCAUACUUCAAAGAGCCCAGGACUUGAAGGACUUGGAUGUACAAGUAAAUCCGGUUUUUUUGGACCCUCCUACCCAUUCUUUCCGAGUGAAUCUUUUUUAUUCAGAUUUCUUAUACAUCAUUUACGAUCGCCAAGACGUUUCCAAUUUGGUCAGUCGGGGUCAGUCACAGUUACAGGGUAUGCUGAAUAUGAUAACUGCUCUUCAAAAGCCAAAGCGGGCUCACUUUCAUCUGGAAAUGGAUUUGGGAAAGGACGUGAGAAUUGAGAUUCAAGGCUACAUUCUUCUAAAGAGAUUGGAGUCUGUCAAAACCAGCUGGGUCUAUGCCAAAGGAGAACGCCUGGCAAUUGCUACUCCUCAAAGUAAGCAGGUAAGUUUUGACACCAAAAAAGAACUCAAAAAGUCGGAAAUCAAAAGAUCUUUUACUUAUGGCGGGUCUUCUAUCGUAUUUGAUCCAGAAGAUUUGGAUCAGAUUCGAUCCUUUGGACAACCUGUAUUACGACUUAUAGGGUUCCGGGAUGCUUCAACUCUCAAACCUUGGCAUUCUUUGAAACCAGCUGUUUUUAUUCGGCCUAUCGAAAACACAAUCCGAGGUGGAGGAGCGGUAUUUUCAGCGUUGCAUAAGAAGCUUCUUAAUUCGAACAAAAUUGGGAUUGCUUGGUUUAUCGCACGACCGAAUUCUAGUCCUAGUUUCGUGGCCAUGAUUCCGACCGCCGCGUCAACCCAUAUCCGAAAAGACUUUGAGUUGCCAGUUGGGAUUUUUCUACUUCAAUUGCCAACCGCCGAUGACAUUCGGAGCCUUCCUGGCAAUCCGAAUCCUAAUUUUCUUCCACCAAACUCCAUUGAGUCAAUGCAAAAUGUUCUACGAGGGAUGGAACUUCGGGCAUAUGAACCAGGAAGAUACAAUAAUCCUACUUUGCAAUGGCACUACAAGGUGCUGCAGGCAUUAGCGCUCGAUGAUGAAAUUCCAACUGACUUUGUUGAUACAACGCUACCUAAAUACAAAGCGAUACAGAAGCGCGUUGGAGAUUCUAUUCGGGAAUUUAAUGAAAUUGUUAGCCCCAGCAAUAACGAUAUUCCAAUAGAAGAGGGUGAAGAGGAUGUGAAUCCAGUUGCUCCACUAAAACGGAAACGCGAAGAAAAUAUAGAGCAAUCAUUUGCGCUGGAGGAUUCUCAGUUAAAAAAAAUGCAUGACAGUGGAAUACUAGAAAAAGAAUUAAAGAUUUUGAAGGUUCCCCAGUUAAAAGACAUUUUACGAGACAGAAGCUUACGAUCUACUGGAAAAAAAGCUGAUUUAAUUACGAAUCUUGUUGCCUAUGUUGAAAAACUGUAA